CAUUAUUUGAUUUAAAUGUAGAACGUUGUUGUCAUUGGUUUUUUACCUUACCUGUGUAUUAUACAUUGAAGACGAUACGCGACAAAAUGGCACAGGCAGCCUCUAAAACAUGUGAAAUUUGUGUCAGUGCCUAUGGAUCCCAAUACUGCUUAGAGUGUGAACAAUACUUUUGUGAGAAUUGUAAAACCUUUCAUAAAAGACAGAAAGGAACAAAGAAUCAUCAGUUUCAGUCUUCCUCGGACAUUAUCCCGGAAGGUAAAUCGAAAUGUAAGGAACACAACGAAGACGUAAGUUUUGUAUGCAAAACAUGUAAUUUAGCAGUGUGCAGUAGUUGUGUGACUGGCAGUCACACAGGGCAUGCCUUUUCAAAGCUUAUGGACAACAUAACACAGAUGAAGGAGAAGAAUACAAAAGACCUGCGUAGUAAGGUACAUGAGGCAACUCAAAACAUUAAAACGAUGGAGGAAGGUUUAAAGGCAUUUGAUGUGAAGGUUGAAGGAGUAGUCAAAGCUAUUACAGAAGAAGGUACAAAGAUAAAGGCUAUGGUUGAUACAUGUGUCGCACAGAUGAUUGCAUCGGUCAAGGAUCAAUCCAGGAAGGGAAAGGACAAAUUGACAAAAAUCAUAGCAGAUACUAAAAUAGAUUUGAAGGCGGGAAGCGUCUUAGAAAAGAAGAAAUGUGAACUCGACAAGACACGAAACGAUGGCAAAUUGUUACAGUCGUUACAGAAGCUUACAGAUGACAUUGUAAAGCUGACGAUAGAGCCUAUACCCGAAUUUCCGAACAUACAGUAUACUGCUAAGCCUGUAACAGAUAACGACAUCAAACAACUGUUUGGCAUCUUUAAAACAAGUGGAGUACGUACACAACAUAUCGGACCCAGAGAGAAAGAAUUACAUAAAACAAAGAGUGAUUACGAACAGGAUACGAAACCAAAAGAGGAAGGAAAAUACAUGUACAGAUGUAUCUGGUGUGGAAAGGAAGAGAAAUCUGAUUAG